AGCCACCACCGCUGGGGCCCACCCGCCAGAAACCCGCUCGCCCGGCGCCACGCGAGCGCCAAAACCCUAAGCACGCGCUCACACGGCGCGGCACCCGCAACCCCACCCCACCCGGCGCCCGAGCACAAAACCCUAACCCCCCCAUCCCGCCACUGCUAUUAAAGCGUGCGUCCAAGAACGGCGCUGCGGCUAGGCGACCGCAUCCGCAUCUCCACCCCCUCCUCACCGCUCGCGCACGAGGCGAAGGCAGCGAUGGCGACGGCGACGGCGGCUGGUGGACCCGACAGGAUGGCGGCUCCGGCGACGGCGGCCGGGCUCACCGGCGCUGUUGCCGCCCAGAGGUUGCUGAGCCUGCUGGCUCUUGCGAUUCAAGCUGUAAACAAUGGAGUGGAAAUAUUGAAUGAAGACCAGAGGGCAAUUUACAAGCUACUUGGUAGAACUAAAUCUGAAAAAGUUCCUGAGAAUAAGGAUGCUGGGUCAGAUGAUGAUGAUGAUGACGACGAUGAAGACGAGGAUGAUGAAGGGGGUGAUGACGAUGAUGAUGCUGAGGAGUACUCCGGGGAUGAAGGGGGUGAUGAUGAUGACGAUGACGAAGAAGAUCCAGAGGCAAAUGGUGAAGGAGGGAGUGAUGACGAUGAUGACGGGGAUGAUGACGACGGUGAUGAUGAUGGUGAGGAUGACGACGACGAUGAUGAUGGUGAGGAUGAUGACGACGACGACGAUGAGGACCAGCCGCCAGCCAAGAAGAAGAAGUGAUUUGUCGAUUACACACCUGCAUCCACCUCCUUGGCUGUUUCAUGCUGCUACCUGUGUUGUUUAGAUGUUGGAGCAGGUUUGGAACCAAUGUAGCUUUGUCAGUGUCUCGAUAGUGUAGGACAAUUUGACAUCUGAUGUUAAAUUGUUAUCUUGUGUUUUCCCCUUUGUGCAUGAAGUCUUAUUGUGUGUUCUGGGUGGGGAUCAUUUACAAUUAUUGGAGCUGUGAUUCUGUAUCAUGCCAUUCAAUCUCAUUCUAAACCAGGUAUUCACUGGUUUUGCUUCUGACA